AUGUUUUCAUUGAACUCGAUUAACUCACAAAACCAGAUUCUCAUAAGUUUUAGUCAGUUAUCGUCACGGUACUCGAGUUUAUUUAGACAACGCAAGCAAAAUAAUGCAAAAAGCAAUGAUUUGAAAGGAAAAGAAAGUUCAGCAGUCAUUUAUGAUGCAACAAUUUGCCCGGAGAGUUUUGAGGAGGCUGUACGUCAUUUUGAUAAGAAUGUUAUAGCUGAGAUGUGCAAAAUCGACGUACGAUCUGUGACGUCCCUCGCCGGGACUUCCAAAGCGAUUUUACAGGAUAUACCAAACCUAAACUCGGUAAAAAAAGUGUCACAUAUAUCGUCAAAUUCAUUUGAACUUAAUAAAAAUGGAUGGUCUACACCUACAGUGACGGUUGAUCUUCGCGGCAAGCAUACUAAAUUUAGUUUUACUGAUAAUUUUAUUGGAUUAUUAUCAAAAAGUAUACAAGAAAACUCAUUCAAAUAUAACGUACAAGUGAGAGGUUUUAAAACGGAGCGAGGCAUACAUGCAGAUUUAAAGAGGAACCCUAACCUUAUAAAUAGACUGCGUAAGUUUUUCGGUCUGAACGUUCAAGAAAGUACAGAUAAGCAGUCACUAGGGCCUGAAGUGGCCCCGAGAUUGGAGAAGCUCCUCAAUGAAGACACAGUGCUUACACAUCAGCAAAAGGACAAGAUUAAAAUUGCAUUUGCCGAAGGAUAUUUAGCAGGAUCACAUCCAGAAAAUGUGAGAGGAACCAAAGCCUCUAAAUACCUGAAGCUCGUUCAACAGCUGCUCACAAUAAUUCUGUUCUUGGCCAUCUUCGUCAGCCUCAUGGCGUCCGUUAGUGGAACAGUCUUCCGGAUCCAGCUCGGCAACCAGGUGGAGGUCGACCCUGAGGAUAUAUCAGUCACCUUCGACGAUGUGAAGGGAGCUGAUGAAGCGAAGCAGGAGUUGAAGGAUGUUGUGGAAUUUCUCAAGUCACCAGAGAAGUUUUCAUCCCUCGGAGGGAAAUUGCCAAAAGGAGUGCUGUUGGUGGGUCCUCCGGGGACAGGCAAGACUUUGUUAGCAAGGGCCGUAGCGGGUGAGGCAAGGGUGCCCUUCUUCCAUGCAGCUGGACCGGAGUUCGAUGAGAUCCUGGUUGGUCAGGGAGCCAGACGGGUCCGGGAUUUGUUCAAGGCGGCUAAGGAACGAGCGCCAUGCGUCAUCUUCAUAGAUGAAAUAGACUCUGUCGGCGCAAAGCGGACCAACAGUGUGUUACAUCCUUAUGCCAAUCAGACAAUCAACCAACUUCUCUCCGAAAUGGAUGGCUUCCAUCAAAAUGAAGGAGUUAUAGUCCUCGGAGCUACCAACCGUAGAGACGACCUCGACCAGGCCUUGCUGAGACCCGGAAGAUUUGAUGUUGAGGUGUCAGUCCCGACGCCGGAUUACGUUGGACGGUUGGAGAUCCUGCGCAUGUACGUGUCGCGUGUGGCGGCCGCGCCAGCCCUCGACGUGGAGUCGCUCGCUCGUGGCACCACCGGGUUCACCGGCGCCGACCUGGAGAGCAUGGUGAACCAGGCCGCCCUCAAAGCGGCAAUAGAGGGCGCCUCCGUAGUGACGAUGUUGCACCUGGAGGAGGCCCGUGACAAGGUGCUAAUGGGGCCAGCGCGACGCGCCCGCCUGCCCGACGACGAAGCCAACGCCAUCACGGCCGCCCACGAGGGCGGGCAUGCUGUCGUCGCUUAUUACACUAAGGAUGCUCAUCCACUCCAUAAAGUGACGAUCAUCCCGCGCGGGCCCUCGCUCGGGCACACCGCCUACAUACCCGCCAAAGAGAGAUACCACGUGACCAAACAGCAGUUGCUAGCGAUGAUGGACACCAUGAUGGGUGGCCGGGCGGCUGAGGAGCUGGUCUUUGGGCCUGAUAAGAUCACUUCAGGAGCGUCGUCGGACCUGAAGCAGGCGACGUCCAUAGCGUGCCACAUGGUGCGGGAGUGGGGCAUGAGCGAGAAGGUGGGCCUUCGUACCAUGGACCCCGCGCGCCCGCCGGAGAACCUAGGACCGUAUACCAACGAGCUGAUGGACGCGGAGAUAAAGAAGAUCCUAUCGGAGAGCUACGAGCGUGCAAAGGCCAUACUACGAACUCACGCUAAGGAGCACCGCGCCCUCGCAGAUGCCUUGCUUAAAUACGAAACCCUGGACGCGGACGACAUCAAAGCCAUCAUGAAUGGGGAAAAAGUUAAAGUAGACAAGCGUCCCACCAACAAAGAGAGCGCCCCAUCCGCGACGCCCACGCCCACUCCCCUGCUUCCCCACACCGUACCCGCA